AUGACGUUCCACCCCGAUAUUCUCCCCAACCUCACCGGCAAGACCUACAUCGUCACCGGCGGCAGCUCCGGCACACCCACACCUACCUACAUUCAAAGGCACAUCCCCCAAUCUAACAGAGAUCAACUAGAGGCUACGCCACCGUCGCCCGCCUCGGCUAACACAACGCCCAGAGCUUCCUAUCCACAGAAUCCGCACUACACGGCCUCGUCAACAACGCCGGCAUCAUGGCCACCCCGACCAUCUCCUGCCGCUUCUGCGCCGCACAGCGAGAACCCUGCCGUCUGGGAGCGUGCGGGUCGUUAA